CCAAGCCAUAUGCAUGUCAUCCCCAACUCUCUCUCACACACACACAUACUCUCUCUCUCUCUCUCUCAUCAAGUUUUAGCCAUUUCAGUGUGCGAAAAGGAAAAAAAAAAAAUGAAGGCAUCAUACAUUGCACUGUGUGUUGUGCUAGUGGUGCUCUUGGCUGAGGCACGGCUCUCAGUUGCUGUGACAUGCAGCCCUACAGAGCUGAGCCCUUGCGUGGGCGCAAUCACGUCGUCAUCUCCACCAUCAAAGCUGUGCUGCACCAAGCUGAAGCAACAAAAGCCUUGCCUCUGCCAGUACCUCAAGAACCCAAAUCUCAAGAAGUUUGUCAACUCCCCUAAUGCCAAGAAGGUUUCUAGCACUUGUGGGGUUCCUGCCCCAAAGUGUUAGGUGCCUAAGCCCUUAACCUUAAGGGCACACUCUCACUCUGUCAUGCUUCUUAAUCGCUACAUAUAUAUUCUAAUGGGUAGAGAGAGCUAAGAUCAGUCUGUUUAUCAUGUAUCUGGUGUGAUCUCCAUAUUAUACUGGCUCGGUACGGGCACUAGUUAUUAUGAAAAUAAUGUCACUCUUUUCUUAUCUGUGUUCCUUUUCUUGCUACAAUAGUUAUCUAAUUGGUGUGGUCUACUCUGUACUGGUUGUUGACAUGUAGUAAUGGGCACUAGUCUUGUCUUGUAAUGGAGAUAAUAAUUUGGGGCA